AUGACAUACAUAAAUGCAGCUAUGCAAAGAAGUCUCAGAAGAGACACCGUAGGCAUUCUGUCUAAGGUACUCGGGCCUAGAUUGAUCACGGAGCAAGUAGCUUCUGUUAAGAGCACCUUCUCUAGCUGGGAUAACUGUAUGACCCAAGUUUACUGCAAAUGGCCAGUUAUUGUGGGAGUCCUUAUCGCAGGCCUUAUUCUUCUUUCUAUUAUCACAUGCAUUGCCCGAUGUCUAUGUUGUGGUUACUCUUGUUGCUGUGCCUGCUUUUCUUUUUUGAAGUGUUGUAGUUGCUGUGGUGGCUGCUGUGAUGGAAAAAGGAGCAAGUCGAUGAGAUAUGCCGACGAGCCUGCAUACAAUUCGCAAGGAUACAAGGCUCCAGCGCCCAUGAUGGCAGUCGCGAAUGUAGCUCCACAAUAUGCUCAAUUCCCAACAGCGUCAAGUGGUCCAGCUGCAGAAAGAAAAGGAGUUAACGAAGACGCAUUACCUGCGAUGCCUAGCUGGGACUCGGCUUCAAAGGUACACGUGCCUGACGAUGUCGAAGAUGAUAAAAAUGAUGAAGUGGAGGCUCAGCAGAACUCGUCCGUAGGGCAAAAGACUUCUCUUAUCGCCGCGGCCGCUCCAAUGGAUGUCAGAUCGCCAGGAUAUCAAAGAGAACGCGACGCUGCUCCGUUCGCUGCCAGGCCAAGCCCAAGUACGCCAGGUGGUAUCGUUAACCGUCAAGAUCCGCAUAGAAGCCAAACGUACGGUGUUCCGACUAGGCAAUAUAAUGGAUCUCCAGGCCCAGAUAAUGGUUUUAGGGGUAGUGGAAUGGGUUAUGGGGGACCUCCAGCCCCCAGCAAUCGAGGAUUCAUGCCGCCAGCGCAGCUCGCUCCAGAUCAAGCCCGACAGCCGAGUCCGAUAGGAUAUCGAAACACACCAAAUGGGAUGGGCUCACCGGGACCUAAUGGCUAUGGUUACAGCAACAGAGACCCUCAAGGAAGACAAGGCUCCAUUGCUUCACAACAAGGACCUAUCUAUGCUGAACAUCGGCAAGGCUCUCCUCACUCUUCUCAGUACGGAGCAUCUAACGGCUACGCAAACAAUGGUUUACAAUCGCGAGGGCAACAAAUCCAAGGUUCAAGGCCAGCGGGCUAUCCUACAGACCGAGCUUAUCAGCCAUAUUCAGCAAAUAGAUGA